GCUGCUGCUGCUGCGCUCCACAGGUGCCUCAGAGAGAGAGCGCUUAGCCCCUUCUCCCCGGAGAGGAAGAAGAUCCCAAGGCUGGAAGGGGAAAGACUGAGGCAGCCCCUCCUGGGCAGCAAGAUCUCCCCAGGAUUCGGAGCAGGAGAGGGGAAGGGCAGCAGGGCCGGGGGAGAGCCAGGCUCCAGGCCAAGGGAGGAGGCGCCAUGGCCUGGCCCUGGCUCUACCUGGCCCUCUGGGUCGCCCUCACCUGCCUCCCGACAGGUUGCAUCUCUGUCAUGGUGACGGUGCCAGAAACUGAGCGAUACACAACUUUAUUUGCCUCUGUGAUACUCAGGUGUGACUACAGUACCUCAGCGCAACUGCAGGAUGUGGUAGUUACCUGGCGUUUCAAAUCCUUUUGCAAGGAUCCCAUCCUUGACUACUACACUUUUGCCUAUCAGGCAAGCUUAGAUCUUGGCCAGGAUCCUUCUAAUGACUGUAAUGACAACCAACGAGAAGUGCGGAUUGUUGCUCAGAAAAGGGGGCAGAAUGAACCUGUUCUGGGUAUCGAUUACAGACAGCGGAAGAUCACCAUUCGAAACAAUGCAGAUCUGGUAAUCAAUGAAGUGAUGUGGUGGGACCAUGGAGUCUAUUACUGUACUGUUGAAGCUCCAGGAGAUACAUCUGGUGACCCAGACAAAGAGGUUAAGCUCAUUGUUUUGAACUGGCUGACAGUAAUCUUGAUCAUCCUUGGUGCCCUCCUCCUUCUCCUGCUGAUUGGAAUCUGCUGGUGUCAGUGCUGCCCUCAGCAUUGCUGCUGCCAUGUGCGUUGUCCCUGCUGUCCAACUCGCUGCUGUUGCAAUGAAAAAGUCUUGCAACGACAUCAUUUCUUGAAGCAGGCUCGACAGCUUUUGCCAUGGAUGACACACCAUUCCCAGUCAUCUUCAUACCAACUAAACCCACUGCUACAACGAGAUGUGUCUAUACAGAGCAGCCAGCCAUUGAUGCCUCCAUUUGCUCCAGUGCCUCCCAACAACAGGUUCUUAGAUCAUCUUGAGACUGAGAUCAGGAACCUCAACCUUUCCCAGCCUGUUCCUUCACGCCAUGUUGGGGUCAGUCGACAUCCUAGCAUCCUUUCUUCUCUUGGCUCAGAGAUUGUUGAACGCAGAGUAAUCCAGCUACCUCCUAUAAUUGAGCACAUCCCAUCUUCUCAGAGAACUAGCAGUUCAUCACGGCCACGUCAGUCUAUCCGUACCUCAAGACCUCAGAGCACCAUAAGGGAGGAAGAAAGGGAGGGGAGUAGGCGGAGGCGGCGUUUGUCUCUAGACGAUGAUUUCCACUCUAGUUAUGAGCAGGAAUCAUGGGAAAGAACACCGCACCACAGAACUGAGAGGCAGAGAGACGACAGACGUUAUGACCGGUCUCGGAGUUCUAGGCCAGACAUAACAGCCUCAUUGUAUGGUAGGAACAGUCUUCACUCCUAUCCAGAGGCGGGUAGGAGGGAAAAUUCCAGACAAGAGUACUCCGACAGAAGAUACCAGCGUUCAGGGCGACAGCCUUAUCGACAGAACAGUGAUCGCCGGACCCAACGACGACAUCGCAGCUAUUCUCCCCCUUCCCAACGGGACUCUUGGAGUUCAUCUGAUGAGUAUGAGCGCUUGCAGAGGAAAAGCAGGCAAUAUUACCAGCACCGCUCCCCAGACUGGGCAGAAGACAAACCUCCUAGUUAUCAGUCAGUUGAAAACAACUCAGCCAAAGGGGGCAUAUCCAGAAGCCGGACAGAGCGACAAUCAGAAAAAGGCAGUUCUCGCAGUGGAAGGAGUGUUGUUCUUUAGCCCCAUUUCAGCUUGCCCACUGCACAAAAUGAAGUGACUUUAUCUGCCCACUUGAGACAUGUUUAUCUUUGACUGUCAGCAUUAACCAUCAAGCACCUCAUGAUAUCAAGGAACAUGUUUCUCCCCAUCAAUUCAGUUUGUAACUCUUUACCUUAAGUGCCUCAGUGUCCAGUGAGAUUCCCAGUGCAGUAUAUUUCUGACUUACAUAGCUAUUGCAUUUGGGCAGGACUUGAUAACAGUUUUGAACUGAUACAGUUGUAUCUGGUCUGGAUUGUACCCAGUGUGAAGCAUUUUAAGCCUUCAGGCCCAAGUAAUAAUAUUUGACAGUCCAAUAGGAAUAAAUGAAACUUGCUCAAUCAAGUGUCUCUAGUCUCCAAAACAUUGAAAAGCAGUGCCUUUUUAAAUUUUACACUUUUCUUUCUUUAGAAAUUCAGAAAUGGGAUUCUCAAGUCUUCCAAUAGAUGUGUUGCAAUGGAUUCUGCAUUAUCAAAAUUGGUUUAAAUUGUUUUGGGAGUCACACACAACCAUAUAGAUAAACAUUACUUUUUACAACUCAGUGUUGCUAAUUUGCUAUUUUAGACAUACAUGAAAAAAUGUGUAAAAUCCUAAUUUAAUAAUACAAUCCAUGAGUUACCUACUAUUUGUUUGAAGCAGGUUCUGUUUUUCAUAGGACUCUUGUUCAGGAAAAAUGAGAAGUUUACAACAAUCCUGAAUUUAUAUAAGAGCAUAUGAAGUUUGUAUGAGUUAAGAGUUAAAUAGAUGUGUAAAUAUACAGUUAAUUUUUAACAAACGUCUGGGCAAGUUUGGGAAAUGCCCUUCCGGAAUAAAAAAAAAUACCCCUGAAAUUUGCAGGAGUCUGAAAACCUGUAUUCAAUAAACAAUUCAGCAACUAACUAGGUGUUUGAUUUUAGCAGAGCAUCAAACAAUGGCUAUGUUGGCUGGGGAACUUGGUCAAAACCCCCCAACAUUUCCAAGUUAUGGAAUUUAGCUGAAUCAAGUCCUGUAGGAGCUAUCAACAACUCCAUUCAGAAAACCAGAGGGAAAAUAACAGGGAAUGCAAUUGUAUGUUUUUCAACCCAUUUUCAUAUAAGCAACCACAAAGAGUUACAAAUUUGAAAGAGCUAUAGCUAGCGAUAGAUUACUUUUAAUUACUUUUACUUUUUUAAAGGUAACUUUAUUUGUUCUUAUUAUACUUCAUUACUUAUUUACCUGUAGCUGAAUGUGUGAACCUGUCUAUACAGGCACCUGCUGGGCAAUGCUGGGCAAGUCACAUGCUCUCAGUCUGCAAUAGCAAAUCUCCUCUGAAUAAAUCUUGUCAAGAAAACCCAAUGAUAGGUUCGCUUUAGGGUCACCAUAAGUUCGAAAUGACUUAAAAUCACACAACAAAACAAUAUAUACAGAUGUGCAAAGCCUUUAACUCCAGUAGUGUAAUACCAGGUUCCAAGGCUGUGAAAUUAUUUUGCAACAUAUUCCUAUGACUCAUUUGAAUCUCUCUUAUACAGGGAUGCUGAGAUAGAACAGCUUAUUCUAGUACAAACCCUUCCUUUAUGAUAAAACAAAUAUUGCAUAGCUAAGGUUAAACUGUAUUGAAUUUGGCUGAUUCAAAUGGAUUUUGAACUUGGAACAAAGCAGCUUAGGUUGCAUCAAACUUUGUAAGUAUUGUUUGGCAUAAGUAAUUACUGUAUGAACUACAUAAAAUGGUCCAGGAAUGUGAUCAAGUAAAACUUAACCCAAAACCAACCUUCUAAGGGAGUGGUCCCCAAAUGGUGCUGUUUAAGGGAUUUUGGGCUUAAGCUCCCAGAGUCCCAGACUAUUGGCUAAUAUGGUUGAGGCUUCUAGGAACUGAAGUCCAAAAUCUCUUAAAGAGCACAGUUUGGAGAACACAGCAUGUUAUUGCACAAUUAUUUAUUAGGAAAUAAAGCCAAGGAGAGCCAGUGUGGUGCAGUGGUUUGAGUGUUGGACUAGAGCUCUGGAGACCAGGGUUCUACUCCCCAUUUGGCCAUGAAAACCAAGGGUGACCUUGGACAUGUCACAUAUCUCAUCCUCAGAGGCAAACCCCCUCUGAACAAAUUUUGCAAGAAAACCCUCUGAUAGGAUCUCCAUAUGUCAAAGAUGACUUGAAGGCACGCAGCAACAAGACCUGGCUCAUAGAUGCAAAUAUAAUGCAUAAUCAUGAGCACAAUGUGUGAAUGAAUAUACUGUAGUCUGUUGAGGAGAUAUGGAAACUCCAUUCAACCACAAAGCAUACUGUCUAACUUUAGUCACUAUCUCAUAGCCUACCCCCCUAGCAACAUUGUUGUCAUGAUACAAAAUUGGUUUUUUGCCUUGAGCUCUAAGUGGUGGGAAGGUAGGAUAAUAAAAAUAUAUGUGGUACAAGUUGAAUAUCCAUUAUCCAGAAAUCUGAAAUUUGAACUACUCCAAAAUCCAAAACUGUUUGCAUGGGUGGCUGAGAUAGUAACACCUUUGCUUUCAGAUGGUUCAAUGUACACAAACUUUAUUUCAGGCACAACAUUAUUUAAAAUAUUGUGUAUAAAAUUAGAUUCAGUCCCGGUGUAUAAAGUCUAUAUAAAACAUAAAUGAACAGACUUGGGCCUUAUCUCCAAGAUAUCUCAUUAUGAUCUGAAACACUUCUGGUCCCAAGUAUUUCAGAUAAGAGAUACACAAUGUGUAUUAUCAUUCAUAUGUACAAAAUAUCCAUGUAUUUUGUAACUAUCAAUGGACAUUUAUCCCGCAGCCCCAAAGUGGAUAAAAAUUAAAAAAAUUUAAAAAAAAUUGGAUUUUGUUAGAAUCCUAGAAAAAUCCUUGUUUUAUCUCUCUCUCUUCUCAGAUGAUGCAUCAAAAUAGAGUAUACCCAUUUCCAGUAUUUGCAAAAGUACUGUAUAUUGCAGUCACAUGGAGACUGAAAGCUGUAUUUUGCAAGAAUCACUUGGCAUUUUUAUAAGACACAGUAUAAACAAAAAUAUCUUGGCAUAACAAGUUCACCACUGAUGUGCCAGGGAUAGUAAAAAGUAGCUGACAGAAUCUUUACUCUGAUUGCCUUUUAACCUCUACUAUGUGCCUUCUACCUUUCUCUUCGCCCAAGAUAUAAUCACGUUUUCUAUUUAAAUAUAACUAGUUCUGUAGAACUAGAUUUCUAGAGACUGUCAAAUGUAUAUAAAUAAAAGUCCAGAAAACACAA